AUGACUACAAAUCUCUUGUCGGUUCAGGUGCUCACUGUCGUUCCCACGUACUGCCAGUGCUAUUUCGUCAGCUACUUUCAUUCGCCUCUGCACCGUUCAGUAUAUCAAAAGCAGUUACGUGUUUUAUUUCCAUGUUUCUUCAGUGAGAAACAGGACGAACCUUCUCAUCAAAAGGAUGAGAGCCUGCUGUACACCGCUCUUUCUGAGAUGCGCCAGGAAUUCAAGUCAUGCACCAUGCGGACACAGCUUCCUAGGCAUCACACCUUUCGAACAUCGUCAUACGUCUUCUGCAUUUGCGUUCCACCGCUGCUGUUUGGAUUAACUGUCGUCUCCUCUUGUGUGAUAUUCAUGGAUGGCGAUGAGAUCGACUUUUGCACGCCAAUUCUAGCAGGAGUCAUCGCCUUCAUUGGCAUUGAGUUUCUUCAAACAGAGCUUUCGCUGAGUUUCCAGACCUAUGCUGUGAUCAUCGUCCUACCGUCGUACUGUCAGUGCUACUUCGUCAGCUACAUUCGUUCACCUCGCCAUCGUUCAGCAUAUCGAAAUCAGCAACGAAUUCUAUUCCCGUGUUUGUUCAAUUUCGAACGAGGAGAAUCCACACCUAUAAGCUCUGUUCGG